ACCUGGAAUAAAACUGAGGUCUAAACUGAAGUGGCAUUAGGACGCCUGACAAUGUUUCGCUCGCAACGGUCAGGAGCUUAAGGAGGUCUCCUCUUCAACAGACAGUUCCUUGCGUGGAGUCCGCUCGCUGCAGCUGCCACUUCUCAAUGGAGCUAACAUCAGCGAGAGUGCGUAUGUAGAACGGGACCAGCGUAGUCAUUUCAAUCAACAUAGACGCGGUGCUGUCUCAAGCAUCCUCCGAGAGAGAAAGAAGGAACCGGGAACACGGAGGUACCACUUGCUUGAACGUGUGAAGAGGCCAAUUUUGAAGCCAUUGACCCUACGUCACUACUGAGGCCACGUGCAAUGCUUAACGCUUCAUCCCCCCCAAAGUGACAGGAAUCACCCUUUGACCUGCGCUCAGAGGAACAUUCAUCGGUCCUCCAGACAUUGCACGGGAUUUUUGGUGUCGCCCUCAUUGUCAUUUUUUACUUUUUCUACGGAGGUGACUUUUUCAGUCAGGGCCCAGAUGCGGUUACUUGGCCCACCUGUGUGCAGCUUGGUGGGCGUGGUGACUCUACUGCUCCCCCUGUGGGAGGUGGGCUGCUUGGAGCUGAGCGCCGGUUCGAGACUUCGGCCCCUGAGGGGUCCCAGGGGACACGAAGGUGCCCUGCAGAGGCAUAAACGCAGCUGGGUGUGGAACCAGUUUUUUGUGCUGGAGGAGUACACAGGGAACGACCCUCUCUAUGUGGGCAAGCUUCAUUCAGAUGUGGACCAGGGGGAAGGAAACAUUAAGUACGUGCUGUCUGGAGAGGGCGCCACUUCCAUCUUCACCAUCGAUGAGAACACAGGAGAUAUCCAUGCCACCAAACGGCUGGACAGAGAGGAGCAGGCCUACUACACGCUGCGGGCCCAGGCCGUGGAUCGAGCCACCAACCGCCCCGUGGAGCCAGAGUCAGAGUUCAUCGUCAAGAUCCAGGACAUCAACGACAAUGAACCCAAGUUCCUGGAUGGCCCCUACACUGCCGGGGUUCCAGAGAUGUCUCCCCUGGGAACGUCUGUAGUCCAGGUGGCAGCAACAGAUGCUGAUGACCCCACAUAUGGGAACAGUGCAAGAGUGGUCUACAGUAUCCUCCAUGGACAGCCCUACUUCUCAGUUGAACCAAAGACAGGCAUAAUCAGAACGGCCCUCCCCAACAUGGACCGCGAGACGCGCGACCAGUACGUGCUGGUCAUCCAGGCCAAGGACAUGGUGGGCCAGAUGGGGGGGCUGUCGGGCACCACGUCCGUCACCGUCACGCUCACGGAUGUGAACGACAACCCGCCGCGCUUCUCUCGCAAGUCCUAUCAGUACACGGUGCCAGAGACCCAGCCUGUGGGAUCAGUGGUGGUCAAGAUAAAAGCGGCUGACGCCGAUAUUGGCUCCAAUGCAGAAAUGGACUACAGGAUUAUGGAUGGGGACGGUCUAGGGAUGUUCAGAGUGUCCACUGACAAAGACACACAGGAAGGAGUCUUAACUCUGCAAAAGCCCAUGGAUUUUGAGACUAAGGCCAGCUACUCACUGCGGAUUGAGGCAACGAACCGGCACAUCGACCCACAGUUCCUGAACCUGGGCCCGUUUAGCGACACAGCGACAGUGCGGGUGACGGUGGAGGAUGUGGACGAGCCGCCCGUCUUCUCCUCUCCGCUCAGCAAGAUGGUGGUCUCUGAGGCUGCCAAGGUGGGCACCAUCAUCGGGACAGUCUCGGCACAUGACCCCGACGCCUCCAACAGUGCCAUCAGAUACUCCAUUGACCGGAAUACCGACCUGGAGAGGUUUUUCAACAUUGAUGCCCUGACUGGAGUCAUUAGCACAGCCAAACCACUGGACAGAGAAGUCAACGCCGUGCACAACAUCACCAUUUUCGCCAUGGAAAGUCAGGACCCUACCCAAGUUGGAAAGGGCAUCGCCGUGAUAACUGUGAUGGACAUCAAUGACAACGCCCCUGUCUUCGCCAUAGAGUACGAGACCUUCCUCUGUGAGAAUGCCAAGCCGGGCCAGGUCAUCCAAACCAUCAGCGCAGUGGAUAAAGAUGAGCCGCCCAGCGGACACCGUUUCUUCUUCGCUCUCAGUGCAGAGGCUGCUGGGAACCUCAACUUCACCCUCAGAGACAACAAAGACAACACAGCCUCCAUCCUGACGAAACGGGGAGGAUUUCGACGCCAGGAGCAGUUCCUUUACCGGCUUCCCAUCCUGAUCCUGGACAGUGGCAGCCCCUCUCUUAGCAGCACCAACACCUUGUCCAUCCGGGUUUGCGACUGUGACCCGGACGGCCUCGCCCAGUCCUGCAGUGCCGAAGCGUACAUACUCCCUGCCGGGCUGAGCACCGGCGCCCUCAUCGCCAUCCUUGCCUGCGUCCUCACGCUGCUGGUUCUGGUGCUGCUGAUCGUGACGAUGCGCCGUCGGAAGAAGGAGCCCCUCAUUCUUGAGGACGAGCGGGACAUACGGGAGAACAUCGUGCGUUACGACGACGAGGGCGGCGGGGAGGAGGACACCGAGGCCUUCGACAUGGUCGCCCUGCGGAACCUCAACGUCAUCCGGGACCACAAGGCUCGGCGGGAUGUAACGCCCGAGGUGACCUCCUUCUUCUCCUCGCGGCCCGCCUACAAGACCCUGCCGGACAACGUCAUCUUCCGGGAGUUCAUUUGGGACCGGCUGAAGGAAGCGGACGUCGACCCCUCGGCACCCCCCUACGACUCUCUGCAGACCUACGCCUUCGAGGGGAGCGGCUCAGUGGCGGAAUCCCUCAGCUCACUGGAGUCGCAGAGCACGGACUCCGACCAGAACUACGACUAUCUUAGCGACUGGGGGCCUCGCUUUAAGAAGCUGGCUGAUCUGUAUGGCAACACUGAGGGCUGCAAUAUAUUCUCAUAGCCCUGUUUCAAAUUUUAAGUUCAUGUUGACCGUGGAGUUGAAAUAAGUGGGGAAAAAACCUAAUGCUAUUAUUGUUACAAAAAAGGACUCCACAGGACAGAACCAGGUAAAAAAAAAAAAUCCUGAACUGAUCUUUCUUUCUUUUCUACUAUCUUUCUGUGGAUAGUAGAAAACUGCUUUUGACCAAGAAAGCCAGAAGGAAAUUGUUACAAGAAAACAAAUAAAAAGGCUAUUUAAAUUCAAAAGGUAUUAUCCAUCAAUCCCCCUGGAUAGGAUUUUCUCAGAGAAUCCAUGGAAGUUUUGACAAACUAUAAAUAUGACAACACCAGAGAUAAUGUGCGAAACACAGACCAUGAAUGCUGAACCUGGCGGGAACCAAAGACCUCACCUGUUGGACCCAAAGGGUAACCUUGUGCAUUAACCCUUGACUACUGUAUCCGACAUGGGCCAUGAGUGCCAGAAUCAGUGUUAUUCGCCAAAUACUGCGAUGCAUUUUACUGCUUUUGUUGUUCUCCAAGUGACAUUUAUUUUUUUAUUUGUCUGUAGUGAUUAGUCAGUACAGCGACAGUUUAACAAGUUCAGUGGUCAUUAAAAGUGUACACUUUGAUCAGUAUACCAUAGAUGUUUUUUUCUUCCACUCAUUUUUAACAGAACAACACAAAAUGUCACAACUACUGACUUGCUUCACAUUGGGGAGAAAAACACAGGGGUGAAAUUGAUAAAGAUUUUCUAACAAGUAUGUGUAUGCCAGAUAUGAAUCUAGUGAAAGUAACUGCUCUAUUACUGUGUAAAAGAGGCUUUACAAUCUCCCUCACACUGUAUCUAGUGGGAAAGGGGAUCACAAUCUGACAAAAAACAAUUCCGCUUUUCUAUUGGCAGACAUUGUGACAAAUGUUGUGAUCUUUUCAAGAACAAAUUCACCUUCUUUGAGUCAGUGCCCCCUCGUAUAACUCUUUGGUUCAUAUAUAAGUUGAUACAGGGUGUUGAUUGAGAGUCAUUCUGCUAUCAAGUCUAGUUUUAGACUUGAAUAUUAAAAACAAACUUUAUGGCUAAACAGUGCGUUCUGAAUAUAUUUGGUAGGUAGUUCAUGCACUUGAGUGAAUCUUGUAAAAAGAAAACCAGCAUAAAUGAACUGAAAAUCACAGGCCUGUUAUCAAUGUGAACAACAAAGCUCCUAGUGUCAAGGAUAAUAUGGCAAACUCUAAUUAAACUCAGAGCUUAGUUGCCACUACAUCAAGGACGUCAGCGAGUUACUUUGGGCUCAACGUUUAUAGAUAAUAGAAUAAUUCUAAGACCAAUGUGGGAAAGAGUGGGACGUUUUGCUUCAAAACAUGCUUUCUGAAUUUGACUAUUGAACUUUUUUCCUGAAUAUGUUUAUAAUAACAGCAGUGUUUACAAGAGAAUUGUUUUUUUAUUUUGCAGAAGCAGAAAUAUGUGACUGAUGUUUUUUCCCAGUUUGCUGACAAUAAAAAGAACAUUGUGUUCCUCAAAACAAUGAAGCCAAUUCAAUUACUUCCGACAAGAAGAGCAAUGAUAUUCUGAUGUUUUCUUAUCUUUUCAAGGUAAGACUGAUAUUUAAAAAUACAAGAACUGCUGCAGAGAUGUUUCCUUGCCUAUAGUGAACAGCAUCAUCAAAAAAGCAAAUUACAGCUCAUGAAGCAAUGGUGUUUUUAUUUCUUAUUCUGGAUGGAUCUGUGUACUUG